AUGAGAGUACAUACAAAUGAGAAACCAUAUAUCUGUGACAUUUGCCAAAAAGCCUUCUCUCAGAAAGAUAAUCUAGUAAGGCACAUGAAAAGGAGAAACCAUGUAGCUGUGAGAUUUGCAAUAAAGACUUCUCAGAUAGAUCCUUAUCAUCUAGUAGUGCACAUGAGACUACAUACAAAGGAGAAACCAUAUAGCUGUGAGAUUUGCAAUAAAGGCUUCUCAGAUAGAUCUAACUUAGUGGGCCACAUAAGAGUACAUACAAAGGAGAAACCAUGUAGCAGUGAGAUUUGCAAUAAAGACUUCUCAGAUAAGUCUUAG